AUGAAGUCAUCUCUUCUCCUCCCCUUCGCCACUCUGGCGUCGGCCAUCUGCCACCACCGCACAUCCCUCUAUGCCCGGAGUCACGGCCUGACGGCCCGCGAUGAGGGCGGUGUCGACGUUGCAACGUUCGACUACAACGACCUCACAGGGCCCCUCAACUGGCACGCCCACAGCAACCAGAGCAUAAAGUGCGCCACCGGCACUCAGCAGAGCCCCAUCAACCUCAACGACACCUCGGCCACGCUCGUCCCCGGCACGAGCCUGGGCUUCGACGUGCCUGACCUGCUCGACGGCGCCGAAUUCGAGAACCUCGGCAGCACGCUCGAGGUCGUCGCCCAGAACGGCACCCUCACGAGGCACGGGAGGAAGUUCCACCUGAAGCAGUUCCACUUCCACACCCCGAGCGAGCACCGCGUCGAGAGCGAGUACUUCCCCAUGGAGGUGCAUUUUGUUUUUGAGGCCGACGCCGAGCAGUUGAAGAACUCCUCGGGCCCCAGCAACUCCGUCCUCGGGUUCCUCAUUGAGGUCGACAACAGCGCCCCCUCGUCGUUCCUCAAGAACGUCUUCGCCCACCUCGACGAGGUCGAGGAGCCCGGCUCGCACGCUGAGACCGGCCCCCUCAGCUUCUGCGAGCUCCGCACCGUACUCGAGCACUCAGACGUGUACCAGUACGACGGCUCUCUGACGACGCCGCCCUGCUCCGAGGGUAUCGCCUGGAACGUCGUUGCCGAGCCGCUGCGCGUCGACGACGUCACCUACCGCGCCGCCAAGAAGAUCAUGAAGUUCAACGCCCGCUACACGCAGAACGUUCCGGGUCAGAGGAACUUGCUGGAACACUCGAGGAUCACGCUCAACGCGAUUUCCGGAUGA